UCACAUUGCAUUUCUUUGGCCACACUACUUUCUAAAUUAAAAAUACUUUGCGCCUUGUUAUUGUUUUUCCUCGAUAUUAAGGUGCAAAAAGAUUUCCAAUGCGACGUUCAAGGGCACCUUCAAUCCGUCAAGCCCGUAAGCGAGAGAAUGAAGAUCGAGAUCCUCUAAAUGAAUCUUGCUCCUGGCCUAGUAAUAAUGAAACAAGCGAUUGGGGGUCCUCCAAGGGAUCCGAAAGCCUGGGACCCCGAGAACUCAGGACUGGCGACAAUCCCCUUAACGAAAGCCGCAUCUUCCAUGUGCUCUGGCGCAAUCAGACUACCAAAAAACACAAGACUUGGACUGGCAACGGUACCCUGGUGGUCACUGGAUCUGUAGUAACUCUAAAAGAUGACACUGGCAAAGUUGUGGACACAAUGACUUGCUUUAAACAGAGUGAUCUGAAGGAGAAUGAUGAACUGGAAAUUGGUAGUAAAGAUGUGGAGGUCCAGGAGGAGAUAAAAACACUAGAAGAGUGCGUUGCCCAGCGUAAGCUGGAGAUUGCUAGUUGGUGCCAAAAAAUUGAUGCCCGAAACGGUAAUAUGGAAACAUCUCAAUCUCCUGCCACCAAUACUCCCUUCAGAUCCCAUGUGUUGAAGAAGAUUAGGCGUGAUGAUAACUGCUUGGAGAUACCGAAUCUAUCGACUUCGAGAUUCACCGAUCUUAAUAAAACGGAUCCUAUUCCUCAUGAAGCCAGCGAAUUUACAAGGAAGAGAAUUAACGAAGAAAGCUCUUUGGAGAAAGAUGAGACGGGGUUCACCAAAACAGAAUAUCUGUGCCUGCUAGCUCCAGCGGAUCUUCAAAAAAAAGUAUUGCAUUCGCUCGCUGAACAUAUUAAAAGUUCCAAUGUGGAACCUUCUGUCGUUAAGGAAAUGGUUCAAUUGGUCUGUGAUCAUCCCGUGCUCCUUAAAACCCUAGCCGAGGAAUCGAAAUUUAAGGAACUAAUCCAGGUGAUACAGCCCCAAUUGCCGCCGUGGUCAGAAAUGGGACUCUACGACUCCGCUAAGUUCGAGUUUGUGCAUGUAAUGCUGGAUCAUUUGGUGGUAGAUCGAAGCGAGAAAUGCUGCAUAUUGGCGAAUAGUGCUGAUUGUUUAAGAUUGGUUGUGGGCUACUGCCAAAGCUAUAAUUUGGAUCAUGCGCAGCUGGAUAGUCUCCAAAAAGUUUCUCUUUUCAACUCUCUUGGUGAAGAGGAACCAAUGGUUGGCUUAGUUCUGAGCAGUGACUUACCAGAGAUUUACUCUCUUCGCUGCAAACACCUCAUCAUUUAUAAUCACAAUGCUAGAGAGGAAGCAAAUCAAUUGUUGGCUGUUGGGGAAAUAGACACUAAAAUCUACACACCUGUCACAUCUGGAGGUUGUCCGGAGCAAUUACAGUUCUAUAGACGACUUAGUCAAAAUGCACAUGAUGAUUCUGUAGACGAUCUUCGGAAUUACAUAGAUGGACUGAUCCCAAGCACUAUAUAUGAGUUGGCCACCUGGACCAAGAUCGAGCCACCUUAUAACAAUGAUUUCUUAGAGGAAGCCGCUAUCUCGGAUAGUCUGGAAAGCAUUCAGCUAGUUUAUUCAAGAAAAAUGAGAAUGAAAACUUAAAAAAAUAUUACAAAAUAAUUAAUAGUCAACAUUUUCUGUGGAUUUCUUAUCCUCUGUAUGAGUAACGAAUAUAACCCAUUUGAUUUUACCUUU